UCCUUUUCACUUGCACAAACACAAACUUUACCUUGGGAAUGCCAACCACACAUCUCAUGAACUCAUGAUGUGUGUAUGUCUUACAUGUAUGUAUGAUGCUAUGAUUUGGUAUAUGUCAUGCAUGUCUUAAUACCCAAAUUUACAUGUUAGCUACAAACAAAACUAAUACACAGAAGGCAAAGAGGGAAGGAGAUUUCUCUCCGCUUUUAUGUUUUUCCCCCUUCUCUGUUCCUUUUCUGCCGUCUUAUAUCUAGUAGACCAAGUAGAUCAUCUAUCUUCUCUCUCUUUCUUUCCUCAUUCUCUGUCUCUUUCUCUAACAACUCAUAAUCAAGAAAAGCAGAUCCAAGGUGGUGGUUAAGCUGUCAUUCUAUCAAUCCAUCAAUCAAUCAAAAAGAGAGCAAUCAUCAAUCAAUUUUAAAAGAGAAAGGAAAGGGGAAUCAAAGAAGAUGUCCUCCUCUUCUACCUUGUCUUUGGACCACCUCCCUCCCUCCGAGCAGCUCUGCUAUGUUCAUUGCAACAUUUGCGACACUGUUCUUGCGGUACCAUUAACCAAUGUCAGUGUUCCUUGCACAAGUUUGUUCAAGACUGUAACGGUUCGAUGUGGACACUGCACCAAUCACUUGCCAGUGAACAUGCGUGGGUUGCUUCUGCCUUCAGCUAAUCAGUUUCAUUUGGCUCACAGUUUCUUCUCUCCUUCAUAUAAUCUUCUGGAAGAGAUCUCAAAUCCUUCUCCAAACAUUUUGGUCAAUCAAACCAACACGACUGACUUCACCUUAUCCACCCGUGGAGCAGCUGAUGGGGUUCCAAAGCCCCCAGUAAUCAACAGACCUCCGGAGAAGCGACAGAGAGUCCCCUCCGCGUACAACCGAUUCAUCAAGGACGAGAUCCAACGCAUCAAGGCAGGAAAUCCUGAUAUAACUCACAGAAAAGCCUUCAGUGCAGCUGCAAAGAAUUGGGCUCACUUCCCACAUAUUCACUUUGGCAUCAUGCCUGAUCAGAAUGCAAAGAAGACUAACGUGCGCCAGCAGGAAGGAGAGGACGCUCUUCUGAAAGAUGGGUUUUUUGCUUCAGCAAAUGUGGGUGUCUCUCCUUACUAAGCAGUGAGCAAUCAAGACUGCUAUAUUUUCCUUUGUUCUUCUCUAGCAAUCUGCCAUUAGGUCUCUCUCAUCUCUAUCUCUAUCUCUAAGCGCAGUCUCAGUUGCAGCAAGCAUAUGUUUUGUAGUUGGUAGGAGACGAACUUGCUGGUCAAGAUGCUGGUCAAGUUUGGCUACUAGUACUAUUAAUUACUUUCAUAACCCAUCUGCCACUGCUGGACCCCUUUUAAUGUUCAUAGUUUGAAAUCUAGUACUAAUAUUUAAGCAUGUACUCUCAGGAACAAAAAAAAAAAAAAAUAAGCGUGUAUUUUUAGUUUUAGAUAAUGUCCUGUGUCCACCUUUGCUUGAAAAAACAUUACUCUUAAUGUCAUUUCUGAUUGGUGAAUCUUGCUAAUCAACUACUACU